AGAUGUAUUAUUGCAGAUUUGAAUUAUGCACAAGUAAAAGGGCUUGGAAUGAUAUUGAAUGAAAUAGAUAUAACAAAAGAUUGGGAAGAACAUUUAGUUCAUAUUUUAAAAUUUUGUCAAGUUCAUUAUAAAA